AAUUUGGUGAAAUCAGUAUGAAUUCAUUAUUGAGUUCAAUCAUCAUUUUGGUAUUUUCGGUAUGGUUAAGUGUAAUUUUUGCAGUUAACGUAAAGCCCAAACCAAAUCAAGAUGAUUACUGUAAUCUAAAUUGUACAAAUGGUCCAAAUGUAGGAUGCACAAAACCGGAUGUACCAAGCGACUGUCAAAACUUUAAACUUGUUAAUAUAACAGAACGUAUGAAAAAAGCAUUUUUAAAUGCACACAAUAGAAAGAGAAGACUUGUUGCAGCUGGAAAAGGUCUUCUGAAAGAUGGUGUACAUACUCCAAUUGCUGCAAAAAUGCCAAACUUAACGUGGAAUAUAGCGCUCGCCAAAUUAGCAGAAUAUAACGUGAAGCAAUGCGAAAUGAAGCACGAUUGUGCUAAAACUAGACAUGGUCAUACUGGUCAAAACUUAUUUUUCUAUGGCACUACUCUCAGUCCCAUAACAAACUCAACUAUAGCCAAAAUGGCAGUUGAGGGUUGGUAUUCUGAAAGCAAAGAUACGAGAUUGGAAGAUAUCAAGAAAUUGACUACUAUCUAUCCUAAUGGUAAACCCAUUGGACAUUAUACCCAAUUGAUCUGGGGUAAUACAACAAAAGUAGGAUGUGCUGUCAGUACUUAUAAAAAACACUCAAAUGGAAAUAUGUUUAAUAUGACUCUUGUGGCUUGCAACUAUAGAGGUGGAAAUAUGCUUGAGGAAGCAGUAUAUCAAAUCAAAGAUGCAAAAAAUCCAAAAUCCAAAAAUCAAACUAAGAACAACAAAAAACCAAAACAAAAAAUGCCAAAAUAGAGCUUCUUGAAAACCAGCAAUAGAGUUUUUACUGCUAAAUUGAGACUGAGAAAAACAGUUUUUAAACGUUUUAUAAAUAUAUUUUUAUGAAAAAUAUUAUUUAUUAAGUAGUUGUUAUUGUGUUUGAAAUAAAUUUGAAUUUACAAAAA